AUGGAUAAGGACAACAUAAACCUGGCUGACCAGCAGUAUGAAUGUGUGGCUGAGAUUGGGGAAGGAGCCUAUGGGAAGGUGUUCAAGGCCCGAGACUUGAAGAACGGCGGCCGCUUCGUUGCGCUGAAGCGGGUACGGGUGCAGACCAGCGAGGAGGGGAUGCCCCUGUCCACCAUCAGAGAGGUGGCAGUCCUGAGGCACCUGGAAACGUUCGAACACCCCAAUGUGGUCAGAUUGUUUGAUGUGUGCACUGUGUCACGAACAGACAGAGAGACCAAGUUAACAUUAGUGUUUGAACACGUGGAUCAAGAUUUGACUACUUACUUGGAUAAAGUUCCAGAGCCUGGAGUGCCUACUGAAACUAUAAAGGACAUGAUGGUUCAGCUGUUUCGGGGCCUGGAUUUUCUGCAUUCACAUCGUGUGGUGCAUCGGGACCUGAAACCCCAGAACAUCCUUGUCACCAGCAGCGGGCAGAUAAAGUUGGCUGACUUUGGCCUUGCACGAAUCUACAGUUUCCAGAUGGCUCUUACCUCGGUGGUUGUUACUUUGUGGUAUAGAGCUCCUGAAGUUCUGCUCCAGUCCAGUUAUGCAACACCAGUUGAUCUUUGGAGUGUUGGCUGCAUCUUUGCAGAGAUGUUCCGUCGAAAACCACUCUUCCGUGGAAAUUCAGAUGUUGAUCAGCUAGGAAAAAUCUUUGAUGUAAUUGGACUCCCAGAGGAAGAGGACUGGCCUAAUGAUGUUGCCCUUCCAAGAAAUGCUUUUGCUUCCAGACCUGCACAACCUAUCGAAAAAUUUAUACCAGAUAUUGAUGAACUGGGCAAAGACCUGCUUCUUAAAUGCUUAGUGUUUAAUCCAGCCAAGAGAAUAUCUGCCUAUGUUGCCCUCUCUCACCCCUAUUUCCACGACCUGGAGAAAUGCAAGGAGAAUCUGGACUCUCACAUGUCAUCCAGCCAAAACUCCAGUGGGGUGAACGCAUCCUAA